AUGGAACAAAAAAGAAAAAAAUUAUCUGGAAGUCAAUACAAAAAGAAACGCUUAAAGAAUGAAGAACAAGAAAGAAAGCUCAGCAAUGUUAUGAAGAAAUUCUUAGUACAAAAGUGCGGUUUAGAUGAGCCAUCCACAUCAGCAGCAACUGAUUUGGCAAAUAACAACACAGUGCCGCCCCAAUCACUUCCAGAAGAAGUUGUUGAAGAGAGCCAAAUACUAACACCAUCAGAUCUUCAUGAACAGCCGGGCAGCACAUCCACGUCAACUGCGACUGCCUUGGAUUUGGCAAAUAAAAACACAGUGCCGCCCCAAUCAAUUCCAGAAAAAAUUGUUGAAGAGAUCCAAAAAAUAACAUCAUCAGAAGUUCAUCAAGAACCGGGCCGCAUUAGCAGUGGCAGUCAGCAGGUAUUAAAAGAAAUUCCUUCAGAUCCUGCAUUAUGGCUUACUUUCUGCAUGUCAUCUCAAACUCGUCAACUACUGGUUGAGAGGGGUCCCCAUCAAAUUAAAGAAUUCGAGUUUCCUAUUAAUAAAGGAAAGCGUAGAUUUUUGCCCUCGUAUUAUUCGAAAGUGUUGAGCAAUGGUGAAGUCGUUGAGAGAAGUUGGCUUAUUUACUCUAUUGCUAGUGAUGCCGUUUUUUGCUUUUGUUGUAUAUUAUUUGAUAAUUCGUCUGAUAUUAGUGACUGGCCCAAAAAAGGCUAUUCUGACUGGAAAAAUCUUAUAAGAGCCCUCACAAUGCACGAAAAGUCUGUAAAUCACAGAAAUGCUUUUAGAGCAUGGAAAGAAUUGGACAUUCGAUUGAAGCAGAAAAAAACUAUUGACGCUGAAUAUCAACGAAUUAUGGAUAUGGAACUUCAGCAUUGGAGAGGAGUUAUAAAAAGAAUUAUGUCAAUAAUUAAACUAUUGGCCUCACAAUGUUUAGCUUUUCGUGGAUCAACUGAACAUUUGUUUCAACCUAAUAACGGGAACUUCCUAAAGUUGGUAGAAUUACUUUCUGAGUUUGAUCCAGUUAUGGAAGAACAUAUCAGGAGAGUUCAACGAGAGUCUGAUAAAUGUGAUUCAACCGGAGAAGGUUUGGCAAAACUUAUUCUGACACAUUUGGAAAAAUUAGGUUUUGAGUUAAAGUGGCUUAGGGGACAAGGCUAUGACAACGGAGCCAAUAUGAAAGGACGUUGGGAAGUGCUAAAAAAAUAUGUUUCUCAAUUAACUCUGAAACCAUUAAGUGCUACUAGGUGGGCAAGCAGAAUAGAUGCUUUAAAACCUUUACGAUUUCAACUUUGCAAAAUCUAUGAUGCAUUGAUUCUGAUAAUAGAAGACGUCAAUAGAGAUGCAGAAACUAAAGUUAAAGCGAGAGGGUUAGCAAAAAAUAUUAAAAAUUACAAGUUUAUAUGUGGAGUAAUUCUUUGGCAUGAUAUUUUGUUUGAAAUUAAUUCAGUUUCGAAGCUUUUGCAAUCUGUUACUAUAAAUAUAUCAGAUUGUGUAAGGAUGCUAUCAGAAACCAUAAAAAAACUUAAAAGUUAUAGACAAUCUGGAUAUAUUCAGAUGAAAAUUGCUGCAAAGGAGAUAGCAGAGAAUCUCGAAUGCAGUACAGAAUUUCCUGAUGACACUGAAGUUAGACCCAGAAGGAAAAAGCGUCAAUUUGACUAUGAAAAAGCUGUCGAUGAACCCUUAACAGAGGAGAAAAAAUUUAAAAUAAACUUUUUCAACUAUAUUCUGGACAUUACCCUUAAUUCUCUGAAUGAACGAUUCACGCUUCUGGAAACCCAUAGCAAAAAAUUUCAGUUCUUAUAUGACAUUUUAAAACUCAAGGAUAUAGAUGACAAAACGCUAGAAAAUUAUUGUUCCAGUCUUGAGUUUAUACUUUCGGUUAAAAAUGAAACAGAUAUAAAUGCAAAUGACCUUAGAGAAGAAUUGCGUGAUGUAUCCAGAAUGCUACCAUAUUCUACGAAACCUUUGGAUGUUUUAAAUUAUUUAUGCCAAAAUAGCUUAAUUAGUUUGUAUCCAAAUACUGUUGUAGCUCUGAGAAUUUUAUUAACUCUCCCUGUAUCUGUAGCUAGUGGGGAAAGAAGUUUCUCCAAAUUAAAAUUAAUAAAAAACUACUUAAGAAGUUCAAUAGGACAAACAAAACUUAAAAAUCUGGCAUUAAUUUCUAUUGAAUCUGCAAUGGCUAGCACUCUAGACUACACAUCAGUAAUUAACGAAUUUGCUAAAGUUAAAGUUAGAAGAGUAAAGCUGUAA